UUAGCUCCUAGUCGAGGCCGCCUGACGAGCGGCAAACCCCUAGCGUUCAGUGUUUCCGCUUCCUCCGUAGCAGGCGUUACGCGCGCGUACUAUUUCUCCUCCGUCCACGGUUUUUCCCGUGUGUAUUUUCAAAAAAGUGCAACACCGAUUCACCUGUACGUUCGACAUCGAAGUAUCUAGCGAGUGACGUUCAAUUAAUUCGUGAAGCAAUAUCGGUUCGGUUCAAUUCUGAAACCUUCUCGUUUCGCGAGUUCUCGUGCAUUUUCCUAGAACCAGUGUCAACGACGUAAGUCGGGCAUUUGUGAUUUGAUUAAUUCUCUGACAUUUCCCAUUUUUUUUUUCGCGGAAGCUGACCUAUAACAUUUUUCCACCUGGUCAGGGAGGUGCGCUGAAAUUUUGCCAUCGCAUGUGACACGAAACGGUCUCACAGACAUUAGAUGUUUAUUAUUAAUAAUUAAAGUUCCAACGUGUUUUGUAAUUCAAAACGAAACUUUUGCAUACAUACAAUCAAACUGAAUUAUUAAAUCAUCAAUUUCAGAAAUCCCUAACUGUUAUAAUAGAAAGGAAGCAAUAAUCGAUCUUCAGUGAUAACAAUCGAAAUCCUCGUGAUGACGAGAUAGUUUCUAGUGAAUAGAAGAAGUGAUCGAAACAACGAUCCAAUACAAAAACGUGACAGUGCUCGAAUACAAGUUCUCAUUUUUCUGGUCUCUUGUCCUGGUUUUGUUUUCCGCAAGAAGCUUUCCAGAAAAGAAGAACCGCCACUACGGAUUCCAACGCUUCGAAGAAACCAUUGGAAUGACUUUCUUCAAGUGUCAUCUGAACAACGAGAUGCAAGUACAAUGUGCUACACGGAGAUCCUGAAGGAUCAUCCUGCUGUAACGUGGUUAUGGCGUAAUGAAGGAAGAAGAAUGCAGCACGGCAGAGGAUGCUAAAUGAGCCCCAGUCAUCAGAGAGGUGCAUGUCCAGACUAUCAGAGAGCUAUAUACAAGGCAGAGAAACGCACGUUUCUGAGAGGACACCGAAGUGGAAACAAACACGUGUGUGGAAGAAUACGCGGUCCAUACCUGGUCCGCCAUUUAGGCGGCAUGGUCCUUUGGGCCACUAUACUAUUCCUGCAAGGAGCUGGUUUUGUCGGCUCAGUGACAGGUAUUCCAGGAGUUCCAGAAAAUAUCACGGUGAUGUUCCUAAAUCCAACGUCUGUCCGCGUAUCUUGGAGCACCAGCCAAGUGGAGCAAGUGGAGAAAUACGACGUCACGUACAAGCCAACAGAUGCCAGGAAACACAAUGACAGUUACAGGGUGGUGGCGGUGGUCGCAGGAAACAGCGAAGCGGUUACACUCAGCGGCCUUAGGGCUGACACACAGUAUCAACUUGUCGUCACCGCCGUCAGAGCUGGCAAAAAGUUUCGAAGUCGACCGAUCGUCUUCCGUACGCUAGAGCCGCCAAGAACAUCACCUCAACAGGAUGCAGCGGUAACUGAUGGCCCUCUUCCACCUCCGCCACCUUCUUCUCAACAACCGCAACCCUACAUUCAAGUUCGUGGUGUAGAAGUGGGCAUCGUGGUGUUGGUGUUGAUCUUCUGGGCGGGCGCGAUAGCGUUAUUUUUCAACCGCUGGGGAAAAAUUCGCAUGUUGCUGCCAUACCAACCUGAUUACAAAGAACAAUUGAAGGUUCCAGGGACCGGGGUAUGCACAGCGGCGAACUCUGCAUACACGCAACACCCGACUCAACACAACUGCUCUCAGCAUCUGCACUGGUCGAGCCAUCACGUGGACUCCUUGGACAGCGGAGGUGGUUUAGGGUGGCCGAGAACAUCCAGGCCGAGGGUGAAUAGCGCCAUCGACGUAGCCGGCUUCCUGUCCCAGGAAUUCUUACGACGGCACGGUUCAACGUCGAAAUUGUGCCGGAAGGUUCGCAGUGCAGAUAAUUUGCCGUUGGCAUCGACGAAUCGACAAGAUCAACGUAUCUCAAAGGAAGAUGGCAUCGAUGGCGACAAAGAGUCCUUCUUAAAGCCGACACAAGAAGAAAAAUACGAGGAUUUGGAAUCGAAGAGGCAGGGCAGCUUAGAAAGCGGUCCAAAAGAUAAUCCUGAAGUAUCCUUGCUUGACCCUAAUCAUCAACAACAGUCUUCAAGGGAUUCUCCGAUAACGUCUUCAUCAUCGUUCGUCGGACGACGUUUCGGGGGAUGGCGAGCCGGCGGCAGUCACGAAUAUGUUCGCUGUCCUGUACGACAACCCGCUUCCAUGGAUGAGCGGUGUUAUCGGCGAUCCUGCGAUUCCGACGCUCGUCUGACCCGUUGUCAUCAUCAUCACCGGCGCGGAGGGAUCGAGCGGCACUCGAAGAGCUGCGACUACGCGCGACGCACCCCCGAGUCGAGCAUCGAGGUGCAACAUUUCGGUCUGCCGAUACUCAGCGUAAGCGAACCCAGCCCGCCGGACGAAAACGACAGGGUGGACGAAUAUUUGUAGGACUUGCUUGUCGAGGAAUUCCUUCAGGAAAUCCUCGUCUGAUGAUGAUUCGUCAUGCUUCAGAAGCUGUUGAGUUUGUGCUCAACCAAAGGGGUUGAAGGGGUAAGCUCGAUGCAAAACUUUCAGUUGCAAAGAUGAUUCUCGAGAUCGUCUUCGAAACGAAGUUUAGGUGAUUCUUUUGCGUUCGAACUUGACGAUUGACCCCAGGUGAGAAACGUGGAGUAUGUGGGUCCAAAGGUAUUUGUAAGCAGAACUAAAUGAUUCUAAACGAAAAUUUGUUUUCCUGAUGGGAGAAUUGAACAUAUUUAUGGAUAAAAUCACUUGAUGCGAAGGUUUUUAUCUUUUUCAAACUAACAUUCAAAAUUGAAGUUUUUUUUGGAUUGCUUUUAACCCCUUGCCUUAUGAUUUCUAAUGAUUUUUUAAUGAUUUUUAAUCAUUUUGAACGAGAAACGAUUUCUAAUGAUUACUCAUAGUUUCUGAUGAUUUCUAAUGGUUUCUAAUGAUUUGUAUAUCUAAACAAAGUAAAUUAAAAUUCUUUUGAAAGUUUCAAACUCACAGGUUUAGCAGACCCCCAGCUGUGAUACGAAUGUGAUUCAAAAUUAUAAGGCAAGGAGUUAAACCAAUUAAGAUUGCAAGGAAUUAUCAUUAAUAAUUAUGGAAAUUAUGAUCCAGUAAGGUGGUGAAAUGAAAUUCUCAUAAUGUAUUAUACAAUGUCAAUUGAGCAGAUGAACUGAACAUCUGCAUGAUUCUACUUAAAACAGUAACUCUGUUACCCUAAUAACUCUGAAUGUUGAUUCGUAUGCGAUAUUUAUUCCACCGUAUCCGGUUUUAAAAUAAUAGAUGUUUCGAGUGAUACGUGUUUAAUCGUACGAUGUUCCGAUUAUUCUUUUUCUCUUUUCAUGCUUCCAUGCGGUAUUGUUACCGGCAAUCGAUGUGAAUUUUCUUGAAUUGUUUGCAACCCUCUGGACUGCUAUUUUGAAUAUUUUUCUAUUGUCUCGAUGGAAACUCAAUUAAACAAAAUUUCAGAUGUACGAUAGCGAAAAAUUUACACUGCAAUUCUGAAAAUUUAAUAUUACAAUAAAAAUUAUUUAAUUCGUAACAUUACAAUUUUCUCGAGACAAUAGAAAAGUAUCCUAUUAUAAAAAAUAAAAUUUUUUUUAUUAUAUUAAUUACUCAAAGAUUAUUUAUGUUUGAGGAACAUGUAUUACAAGAUAUCAACAACCGAACAAAGAACAAAUUAUUAAUGCAAAAUAUGUUCACAAACCAAGAAAGAAACCUGCAUAUUUUGAAAGAAAAUAAUAAUUGAAAUACACAUAUGAUUUGUGGAGAAUCAGUUUCAUAAAGAUCUUACAAUACUUUUCAAACUAAUCAAUAUAUAAUAAUGUUUUAUAUUAUUUUACAUUAAUUAACAAUAACAUUUAACAAACUAAUAAAGAAUAGCAGAACAUCGAAUUUUCGAUUUUGAAAGCGAACUCUGCUUUCAUUUUAGAAUUUUAAUUUCAGCAAACCUCUAUGUAACUAAUUAAGUUUUAUACAGUUGAUUAAUUGCUAUACAGAAUAUGGGUGACUAUUUUUUCAGCAGAAUAUGGUAAUAUUUAUGUAACAGAAAAGAUCAGGAAUCGGAAAUUAGGAAAUUAUUCAUUAAUCUAUUAAUUUCCAGAGGAAGAAAAUCAUUCAUUUUCAAGAUACAUGGAAAUUAUUAAACCGGUUAUAUCACGACCGACCCAGCAAGAAAUGUGUUAAGGCAAAUAAGUAUUUCUAAUAUUUAUGAUACUAUAAAUAUUCAUUUGUAAUAUUUAUGGUAUUAAAUAUGUACAAGUUUGGGUAUUAAUGGGUUAAUGGAAUAUAUCCUUCGUGGAAUUUGGCACCAUUCAUAUUUGAAUUCGUGUAAUUUAGGGUAAAUAUGUUUUUAUCGGUGCUCAAACACGAAAAAUCGACUAGAGUCAAUAUUGCACGUUCUGCUAACGUAAUACGACACAGUGGUAACCUCGAGGUAAAUUAUUACGCAAAUCGUUCGUCCUUCCGUUUAGUAAAUUUUAAGCAACGACUUACGAAAGUACCAUUAGGAGAUCCAUGUACGUUAAGUAAACGUGCAAAUUCUCAAACUCUAAUCGAAAUCAAUUAUUCUAACUUGUUAGACUGAUAAUAAAUUGAAUUUCCAGUGUCAGAGAUAUUGAUAUUAAUUUAAUAAAUUUAUUAUUUAAAAAAAAUUAUUUUAAUAAUUUUAAAUUUAUUGCUUUCAUGAAUUUAAUUGAAAUUUUUCUAAAGGCAACCUCGCUUUAAAAAUAUAAUUAGAAACUAUAGAGAGGGUUUGGAGUUUGCACGAUCAUUAUCGGUUAUCAGAGUUCAUUAUUACGUGGGAACAAUAGAUUGUGAAAUAUGUGCGACAGAUUCAAGUACUUGCCCGUAUUAUCUCGAACAUCGAAUGAAUUAAGAGCUUGUCAACUAGUUUAAUAGUAAAAUUUCAUUCGAGUACCUUGUUAAACACAUUUCUGGACCAAUCAAUAAACAAAGGGGGCCAUAAUUUCUUCAUUCCAAUGAUCAAUUUUUUAACAGAAGAAACAGUGAAUUAAUUUUAAAUUUUUUAAAUUUCAUUUUUUCAAAAUGUUUAGUUUCAUUUAUAGAUAUAUUAUAUGAUACUCUCAAAUUUUGGGGACCAAAUACAUACUUUUAAAAGUGCAGCAAAAGCAGCCUCUCUAUUACAAAGUGUAUAUGUACUAUUUAUUUUAUGAAAAUUAUCUCAUCCUUUUUUACACUGUAUUUUAUAAUAAAUUGAAAGCAUGAAAUUUAAAAUGUAUUUAAUGUAAUAUCAUCAAAUGCUCAAGAAAAAAACUUUGAAUGAUUAAAUACGUAAGAGAUACCAUUUGUAUGUAAAUAGAAAUUUCAUAAAAUUCAAUUCAAUUUCCGUAAUAUUUUUCCAAUGAAAAUAUAAAAACUUUCAUUUCAAAUAUCAAUAUUUAAAUAUCGAUACCAGUGAUUAAAAUCAAAUGUUUGCUGAAAAAAGAUAUCAAAUUAUAUAUUCUCUCAAUAUUAAAUGCCAUUACAUAUCAGUAAUAAUAGUUUCAUUAAUAACUACAAAUUAAUCAAUGUAUUUUGUUUCUUAUAUUAACUUGCUGAUUCUUAUAGCAAUUUCAAUUCCAGAGUAUAGAGAUAUUAGGAUACUUAAUGAAGUUACUAAUCUUGAGUCAAUUUCUUUGUUGCAAGUGCCCGGCCAAGAAUCCUGUCGCACGUAUUAAUCGGACCUAAAGUAGAUGAGUAAUACACGUCGUACGUAUCUAUAGAUGACACAUUAUACUAGAUACGAAAGCAAAUCGAUAAUGUAACCUUAGGCACUUACAAUCACCACGAUGAUUCUCGUACUUACAUUCUCAUUGUUUCACUCAUUGAGCCAAACACGAGCGUAAUCAAGGUAUACUGAGUCCCAUCGAAGUUGUCGCAGUGAAGUUGGCUACACAUUCACUAACACAUUCACACCGCGUCGUCGGCACCUCGCCCAUCGGCUCACCGACGCGGCGUGAAUGUGUUAGUGCGCCAACUUCGAUGGAACUCAUUGUACAUAGUAAAGAUAUCAAUCGUUUUAAGCCUAAUUGCCUUUGAAGACCGAUGCUCUAUGACAGGGUUUCUUUGACCCAUAACAAUGUAAUUUUAAUUCUACAUAAAAUCUAAAUUUAAAUAUAAACACUGAAAUAAUGAAAUUGAAAAAUAUGAAAUGUAAAAUUUUAAACAAGCCAACAUACAAUGCUGUUCAUUUAUUAUAAAUUAGUUGGGCAAAGAACUUUGGAACUUUACUAUGUGACUUUGCUCGUGUACUUUCCUACGCUUCAAGUAUCUAUGUAAAUAUUCAUAAUCAACGCAACGUGUUUUCACACGAUCGAAUCGGAACACGAACGAUUUCUCCAACUUCGUCGUAUAUUUUAAUAAAAUCCAAAGCUUAACUAUUUCUUCGACGGAGAAUCUUGCGAUUCGUACGGUUCAUUAAUUUGUACAUAUCAUUGGAAUUUCAAUAAUAAACCUAGAAAAAUAAAGGGUUGGGGUUGGUCUCCACUAGUUAGAAAAAAAUUGAAAAUAUGUUAUUUGUGUUAUCUAAGAAAUUUUCAAAAGAUUAUUUCUUGUAUCUAAAGAAUUUUUUUUUUUAAAUAUCUGUAUCACAUAACAGCUGAAACUUUUCAAUAUUAUACAAUUUUUCCUUAAAUAUAUUUCUAAAAUAAAAAAAUAUCUUUCUGUCCAAGAUUAAAAGAAAAAUGAAACAGUACGAGUUUCAGGAACCAUCGAACAAAAAAUUGAAUGAUGUAUGGAGAAUUUUAAAAACAGUGACUAACAGUCAACGAAGACUUAUAUAUACAUAUAAUAAUAUAUAUAUAUAUAUGAAUGUAUGAUGUAUGUAUCUAUGAAAUAUCUCCUAUAAUCGUACGUACAUCGUAGUGAAGAAAUUUAAUCAAUGGGCUAAAUAAGUGAUAAUAUAUUAUUUUUAUUCUCAAUUGUACAGAAAUAUCAAAUCUCUAUGAAAUGAUGCUUGAAUUUCAAUUUAUAUUGAUAAUUAUCAUACGGGGCUCAUGCUGAUAACUUAUUUCUUAAAUUGAAUAAACAAACUGACAUAAUUGUUACAUGAAAGUUAUUGUUCAAACACUUAAAAAACGAAUCCACAUUAUUUCAAAUUAUUAGUACGCUAUGUCAUGUAGAAAGGAUUCGAAAUUUUAUAUUAUACAACGAAAUAGACAGUGCAAACUUUAUUACCAGAAACUCAUCUUUUGUAAAUAAUAAUCAAUAGAAUUGAAAAGUAUAUUACAGCAUGAGACCUGUAACGAGCAAAGAGAGAUUCAAUUACCUCCAAUCUGCAUCAACCAUAGCUUUAAACAAAGAGACCAAAUAUUGUAAAGAAGAGUUCAUAUUCUCUUACAUGAGGGUCAGUCUUAAGGAAUCCCAGAUUAAUUAACUUUUGCAAGAAGAGUAUAAAAAUAAAAAUGUAAAAGGUACGUUUUAACACUUUGACUGCCAUAGUAAACUUGUCUCAGUAAUUUUAUUUUUAAUUUGUGCGUGUAUGACACUGAUUGAUUAUAAUCAAUUAAUUUUAGAUAUAAUUCUUGAUAAAAACGCAAGUGAAUGUAUUAAAUAUUUAUUUGUAUCAUUAAAAGCUAUUUGUUAUUCGUAUCUGGAUGACACGGCAGUCCAAGUGUUAAAACAACCAUAUUAAAUCUCUGUAUAUAUACAUGUACGGUAGAUUAGAAUUUUGAUCAUGUUGAUCUAACGCAAAUCAGUAAAUACUGCAUCAAACGAUCAUUUGAUCGGCGACGCUUGCACCUAGUUACGCAACUUUUCCAUGAAAUAUUUACAAGUUUGUGAUGGAAAAGCGGCGAAGAAAGGUACGACUCAAAUCCAUAUAACUUUAUUACAGAUUAGAAUUGGCCAUUGGCGUAGAGCCCACACCCAGUGAAAUAUUAUUGAAAAAAAAAGGGACAGAAAAAAAUUGUCAGUUAAUAAAAAUUAAUAUUUGGACCGAGAUAAAUAUGAAAUCAUAUAUAAAACAUAAUAAACCUUGAGACAAAAAUCCUAUAUAUUGUAGUUACACCAAUGAAAGUGAUAAAUAAGCAGAAAAACCAUGAAACGAAAUUUUGCGUUGAAAAAUAUAAAUAAAGUUUCUCAGUUUAAUUCGUAUAGUUGCAUGUAAAUAUAUCAUGUAUGAUUGUCUGUUAAGAAACAUGAAUUGUCUGCGACACAAACAUGAAUUUUUAAUAAAACCGUAUGAUAAGAAAAAUUUUGUUUUUCUCGUUGGAUCGGGCGUAAGGGAGAGAUGGAUAAAGGGAGUGAUGCAACUGCACUUGCACUCGCGUAUAUAUACCAUUGCACGCGCAUGCGCAUGGACAUCCCAAUUUGCGCAAGCGCGUAUGCCUUGCAUUUACCUGCGCAUGAACACGUGCGCAACAAAUAUGCACUCUUAAUUUCAAAAUAAAAACCAAAGGAAGUAAAGCAAUAUAGUACGGUUUAUAUUUUGAAAUCAGCCAUAGUAAAUCUUAUAAGCCGAAUGUCGGCAAACAUCUGAUUAAUCUCGAUAUUAAUAUCUUCAAAAUUAGAAUUUUGAAAAUUCCUCUUUCCCGUCAUUUUUCCUAAAGAAGCCCGCCGUACUCGGUAUUGUGCAUGGAAAAAAGUGUGCUAAUUGGAAAUUACAAUCUUUCAAAAACGAAAUGAAAAGUUCUGUACCAGAAAAUACGUAGCUCAUAUUGAUUACUUCGACUAACGAUCUAUUAUUCAUGUACCUACACGAUCUUACUUGCCAUUGUAUCGUAGCCUUACCUUGAAAAGCACAAAGUUGGAGAUCUAAGGCCACCCGAUUAGAUUAAUUAACGAGCUGUUUCUUUUGUUGUAUGUUUCAUUAACAAACUCAAAUUGUAUUUAAUAAAAAUAAUCGAACAGUGCAAUCACAAAA